AUGGAGGGUAUCGACCCCGAUACCCUUUUAGAAUGGCUACAGACGGGUGCCGGGGAAGAACGGGAUUUGCAAUUAAUGGCAUUGGAACAGUUGUGCAUGUUACUGUUGAUGUCCGACAACAUUGACCGGUGUUUCGAAAGUUGUCCGCCUCGCUCGUUUAUUCCAGCUUUAUGUCGUAUAUUUGUUGAUGAAACGGCGCCGGAGAAUGUUUUGGAGGUAACUAUUUUAGUUUUUGUUUGUGAUUUUAGGUUUGACAGCUGGAUUUUGAGGUUUUGAAGAGCAAAGGUCAUGGAUAAUAUAUUUUUUUUGAAAAAGCUUCUAAAAUGAUUUUUUAUAUAGAGGUUCAGUUUCAAAAAAGAAGAAAAAGGUUUUGAUUUAAAAAUAAGCUUCUAAACCUACGUUUUUAAAAUUUUUUUGUUUGUAGGUCACAGCAAGAGCAAUAACAUACUACCUGGACGUUUCCAACGAAUGUACUCGUCGUAUCACACAAGUUGAAGGUGCAGUAAAAGCGAUAUGUCAUCGCCUAACCUUGGCCGACAUGACUGAUCGUACCUCCAAAGACCUAGCUGAACAAUGUGUGAAGCUACUUGAAAGUGUUUGUCAACGAGAAACUCCAGCUGUCUACGAAGCCGGAGGUCUUCAAUCAAUGUUAAUAUUGGUUGGAAACAAUGGAAGUGUUAUUCACAAAGACACCUUAUACUCGGCAAUGUCUGUGGUUCAACGUUUGUGCAGUCGAGUGGAGCCCAAUGACAACAACCUCAAGGAUUGUGCUGCCGAUUUGGGUAAAUUAUUGACUCAUGAAGACUUGAAGGUGGCCGAAAGUGCGUUAAGAUGUUUCGCGGCCUUAACAGACAGAUUUAUUCGAAAGAACAUUGAUCCGACUGAACUGACAGAGCCUUCGAACCUGAUUGAACAUUUACUGAAUGCACUAAUGCCUACAAGUACGGGUGCUGAGGGAAUGAGCACGAAUAAGAGUAUCUCCUUCAUUUCGAUUGUUUUGAGUUUGUUGAGCAACUUAUGCAGAGGAUCACAUAAGGUCACAACACAGGUUAUAAGGUAGAUUUUGGUGGUUGGUUGGAAAAACAUGGUAAAAACUUUCUUUACAAAAUACUGAAGGGCAAGAACCUUCUUUCCAAAACAAAAAAUGACAAAAACUUUCUUUCCAAAACAAAAAAUGGCAAAAACUUUCUUUACAAAACGAAAAAUUGAAAAAACUUCAGAAUUCCGCUAUUAACAUUAAUAUAAAGUACCUAAACUUUCAUUUUCAGCUCAGAAAAGCUCGUCCCAGCAAUGAAGAACAUUUGUUCAAGCAAAGACGAACGUUGUGUUCUAGACGCUCUUCGACUGGUCGAUUUGCUGGUUUUGUUGAUGUGUGAAGGUCGUGCUUCGCUACCUCGAGGAAGUGGAAUCAGCUCGAGUGACAGUCUAUCCGGCAGCUCUUCCUAUGACAAAAGUCAUCGAUUCUUGAUCGACGCUAUCAGGCAACGAGACACAGACGCACUUAUUGAUGCAUUUGAACAUGGAAGUGUAGGUUUUUUUGAACUUUUUGAUUUUUUUUGUGUUUAGGAGAUUCACAAGUACCUCGCGAAAUAUUUUUUUGGUGAUGCGAAAAGAACGGCGCAUUUUACAGCUUAAAAACUUGAAAAAAACGACAGAAGAUUGAAGAAAAAGCAAACUUUUGAACUUUUUUGCUUUUUUUAGUUGAUGCAAAAAGAAUGGCGCGUUAGAAAACUUGAAAUUUAGUAGAAUAGCAAGACUACUAUGUACUGUAACGUUUUUUGCUAAUUUGAAGGCUCUUUAUAUUGUCUUACAUUCAGGUGGACCCAAACUUCACAGACGACGCAGGUCAAACCUUGUUGAACUGGUGUGCUGCGUUUGGCACGUUGGACAUGGUACAAUACCUUUGUGACAAAGGUGCUGAUGUUAACAGAGGUCAAAGGUCCUCAUCUUUGCAUUACGCAGCUUGUUUUGGACGUGUUGAUGUAGGUUUUUGAAAGUUGAGGAGCUUUGUAUAUUAUUGAUAGCAAGAGAAAAAUUGAGAUUUUGAGCGGGAUUUUUAUUUUAUUAUGUACUGUAAUAUUCAUUUUUUCUUUAAAAACUGAUAUAAAUUAUACUGCUUAACUUCAAGUCUAAUGAUGAUCCUUUACAGAUUGUAACAGCCCUCCUCCGCAACGGUGCGAACCCGGAACUCAGGGAUGAGGAAGGUCGAACAGCAUUGGACAAAGCUCGAGAACGUGCCGAUGAUUCACAUCAACAAGUCAUCCAAAUCCUCGAAAGUCCUUCAAGCUACAUGGCAAGCCAAGAAGAACGAGCCACAAAGCCAGAGCCAAUCGAAGUUGAGGAAACCAACUCAGAACAAACCCAAAUCGACCAAACUUUGAGUCGAAAAGUCAUUCAAAGACUCAUCCCAGUCUUCUGCCAUGUCUGCCUAAACUCUAUGGUAUCUUCAGUGAAGAAAGCGGCCUUAGGCUUGAUUGGGAAAUGUGUUCAAAACUGUUCGGCUGAAGCUUUUGACGAACUUGUUCAAGGUAAAUUCACCACAGAAGGCGAUGAUGGAGCAUUUGUCGAUGGAUUAACUAAAGUCUUGGUUAUGGUACUGAACGAAGAAGAUAACACUGAAGGACACGAAUAUGCCUUGAAGAUUCUACUGUCAGUUUUAGAGAAGAAUCCUGAGUUUUGGGUAGAUGAACUGGUACGUCUUGGUGUGGUCGAAAGGGUCGAACAACUGGCUAAUCGAGAAGUUACAUCAGUUUUGGCGGCUGAAUCUAGUAAUAACCUUGUUAUGGGUACAGAAGCUGCUACAAGCUCUAAAGGGACAAACGGAAUGGAUUCAGGAUCAAUUUUACAUCAAGAUGUUACGUCAGAGAUCAACAAGGUCAAAAAUCAGAUCAACGAGGUCAGAUCGAUUCUAAAUGACGUAAAGAAGACUACGGAUGAUGGAAAUGAUUCUUCAUGGGCUUCAAGCUCAACCGGAAUUCAAAGAUCACAUUCGGGCACGCCGGCACGGUCUGAAUCUCAAGCACGGUCAGAUUCAGUUCAAGCACGAUCAGAUUCAGCUCAAACAAGAUCAGAGUCCCAAGCACGGUCCGACUCAACUCAAGCCGAACGGCAGAAAAUGUUGAACAUCCCGGUACAAAGCGAAGAAGAGUUCCUACAAAGCCAAACCCCAUCACCAACACCAGAGAACGGCCAAGAAGUUGAGAAGAAGAAGACCGAAAAAGAAGGUAACGAUAGCUGGGUUCUGGAAGUGAAAGUGCUCUACAAAUGGAACGAUUGGAGACUGAUGAGAUCUACAGAUUCGCUUUAUGUUUGGUGCGAUGCUGUGGCGAUUGAGUUGAGGUAAAGGUGGAUGGUUUUGGAAUUUUUUCAAAAUUUUUAUAUUUUCAAAAAAAGUUUGAUAUUAUCUGUCAACCGGGCGUAUUUUACCUUUUUUAGUCUUUGACUACAAUAUUAUGCUCUAUCUGAUCUUGUUGUUGGGAAAAAUUUGAUCUCAUUCUAUUUCAGUGACGCCUCAAACGGAUGGCUUCGCUUCUUCCUCGACGGCAAACUCAGCACAAUGUACAGUAGUGGAGUGCCCGAGACCGGCCCAGACAACGCGGAAACCCGUUCCGAUUUCAUCCGCAAAUUCCAACUGAAUCGAAACGCGAUGGGCGGAGUAUCAGUCGUACCAAAACCAAUAUUCUCAAGUCCGGCAAAUGGAAAAACUAUCGAAAGUGGCAACUGGGUCAUCAGUUCAUCCCAAUUCGACGAACUUAUCAUCAAAAACCAGGAAGGAGGACAACAGAAGGUCGUGAUCAAGGACGAUUUCCCCGGUUUUCAGUACGAAACUUCGAAAUUCAGCACCAAAAGCUUCAUGGCCGAGUCCACAUUGGGCUCGAACUUUGUGACUGGUUGGGCCGCGAGAGGUGGAGAACGAAGAUUGAAGUUCAGAACCGAAGCCCAAAAACAAAGAAUCAACGAAUUGGCCAAAGAGCUUUGGGACAAACAUCUUAAGGAGGCUAGAAACAAGCCUAGAGACAUUUUUGUUCAACUUCGAAACGCCUCACAAGAACUUGUCGAUGUGACAAAACUUUGUGCUCAAAACCAAGCCGACCAGUCGAAUUUCGAAAAUCUGGUCGAUAAGUUGAGAGCCGUCAGGGAUUUUGUCGUAAAUGAACGGUUGUUAUCAACCUUUGAGCUGGCAACCAGUGGAGUGAUCGAAGCUAUAUUAACCUUUGUAUCAACCGCCCUUGAGGUACGUAAUGGUGUUGUAGCACAAGUCUUCAAAACAGUUUUCGAAAACGAAGUACUAUUAAGCUCGAUGGUGCACAGAAUUGUGGACGUACUCGAAUCGGUCGAAAAGUUCUCGCAACAUCUCUACGACGCUCCAGGCGGCUCAGCGAACGGCCUUCAACUAUUGACCCGCCGCUUAAGGUUCUCGAUGGAACAACUCAACACAACCUGCCCAAGCCAGUCUGAACUACUGAAUAGAACUGGCAGAGUACUAAAAACAGAACCAUUAACAACAGUAGGACAAGUUAAAACGUUUCUACAUCGAAUGGUAGCUAAAAUGUGGUACGACUUCCCCAGGGAAUCGAUGGAGUUCGUACGAAAAAUCAAUAAUGGCAAGAAUGAUGGCAGAGACCCAAUCGACCUAAAAUACGAAUCCGAUUUCGACACAAAUGGUCUCAUAUGGUACCUGGGAACAAAUGCCUUAACUCAAAGCGAAUGGAUCAAUCCAGCCGCCGUCGGCGUACUUCAUAUAACCUCAUCGGAUGGAAGCAAGCUGCCCUACGGCUGCUACGAAGACAUGCUAAGCAGAGAUGUAAACCCACUGAACUGCCACACAAGUGAUAACAAGGAUAUGACUAUUACGAUGGAUCUAGGAGUAAUGAUAGCACCCACAGCUUAUACAUUAAGACACUCGAGAGGGUACGGUAAAAGCGCGCUGAGAACGUGGGAUUUGGAAGGAUCUAUCGAUGGAAAGAACUACGUUUUGUUGGUUAAACAUGAAAAUGAAACCGCCUUGAAUGAUGCUGGUAGUACAGCGACGUUCUUUAUACCGGAAAAUGAGGCAGCUUGUAAGUUUAGAAAAAAAUUUUUGGGCGGGGUAAAAAAAUUUUUUUUUUAGGGUGGAGGGGGGGGGGCUUCGGAAAAUUUUUUAAAAAUAAUUUUAAAGAGGUUGAAAAGAAUUUUUUUGGGCGGGAUAACAAAUUUUUUUGGGGUGGAUAAGAAAUUUUUGGGUUGGAAUUUAAAAAUGUUUGUAUUGGUUUUUUUUUCUUUCUUUAUGGUCGAUUUUCAUAUAGAACGCCAUUUUUACCGAUUUUUUACAGAAUUUUAUUAAGAUUUUAAUCUUCCAGCUAAAGUCCGAUACCUACGAAUCCGUCAGCGAGGUCCGAAUUCAUCGACCGUAACCCACUACAUAUCGAUUAGUGGAUUUGAAGUCUAUGGCAAGGUUUACAGCGCGAUCGGUGACAGUUUCAGCCCAGUGCAUCCGAAGAAACACUCGACUAAAAAGAAGUACUUUGCCAGUUUGGAACAGAAAAUGCGGAAAGAUAAGGAAACACCGUUGGUUACUGUGCCGGUAAGUGGGGUGAACUGCGGUUUUUUUUUAAUUUUAAGGAGAGGAAAGGGCUUUAAGGAUUUGGGGUACCUGUUUUGCUAAAAUUUAAAACGUUUGUUUUUCAUUUUUUAUUUUUUUUGGGCGGGUUAAAAAAAAGUUUUUAGGGUUGGGGGGGGUAGGUAAAAUUUUUUUUCUGUGGUUGGCGGAGUGAAAGAGAGCGUUUUUUGGGUAAGGUCAGGGACGUCGUUUGGGGGAGGGGGGGGGGGGGGUUCGGGGUGACUCCCCCCCAGAGCCGAUCCGAAAAAAUCCACAGGUAGGUCCUGUACGUGAAAAAACGAAAAAUAAUUUUUUUGGGUCUCCACCCCCCUAGGGUAGGUAAAAAAUGUUUUUUUGGGCGGGAAAAAAUAUUUUUUUGGGGGUGGAUAUCAAAAACAUUUUUUUUGUUUUUUAAACCAGCAGCAAAAAAUAUACAAUAUUUUAUUCUUUACAGGGCAAACGAGCCAAACUAUCCAAGGGAUUCGGUCGAACCCAGCGAGUAAAUUCUACCGACUCAAACUCCUCGAUCCCAGGCGCAAUUCAAAUCGCCCAAUCAUGUGCUCUCAACCCAGCCACAGUCGCCACAGCCCUAGCCAACAAUCCCACAACACCAAGCCAAGGCUCACCAAACUCAAUCCAUCAGAAGUCAAUGUCAACCACCAACCUACUCGACGUUACUCCAGGCAAAAAAUCAGUUUCGGCCACUCAACAAGCCUCAUCGGCCGAAUGUCUUCAACGCCAGUCUCCAUCUCUUGAGAACUUGUUGUCAAGAUCAAGAGUUCAUGGAGAUCGCCGAAUACCAGAGGUUGUGCCGGAGAAUGACGCUUUGGAUGAGUACUCGAGCAGAGAAAGUCAUAUUGACUCGGCUAGUACGGCUACGCAUGAGGAGAACAAAAAGUAAGGCUUUGGGUUGAUUUUUUUUUAUUUUUAGGUAUGAAAGGGUUUGGAAAUUUUUAGGUAUUAAAAUUGAAUGAUCUUGAAGUAUUUUGAAACCUAAAAGCCUAAUAUGAUGGUUUAAUUAUUCCAGUCUCUCCGCCAGCACCCCCGAACUAAACCAACCAGAAAUCCCACCAGCCGCUACUCCAGAAGCCCCAGCUACCGAUGCCACCACCCCAGCACAACCAAAACGUCAACUAUACAAUGGCAUUGUCGAUCUAUACCAGGAAAUGGUCAAAAAUGGCCAAUCCAUCGAAGACGUGGACGAAAUGGAACGAUACGGCCUGUCAUCCUCCUACGUCGCCGCUACACUAGAUGAAAUCAUGGAAGCAGAUGACAUUGAAAACUACGGCUUCGAAGAGGAAUUUCAAGACGAAGAACAACAACAAGAUGAAAAUAAUCCGAAAACAACGCUGGCUUCGAUCGGUCAAGGCAUCAAGAGCAAGAUCGGCAACUUUUCGGGCACGUUGAAGAACAUUGUGGCACAGGCGGUGGAACCAACUCAGGAAAGCAGCUUGAAUAAGAAGGAUAGUGCUAUUUCAAGUCAUUUGGUAGGGGUUUUUUGAAAAGUUUUUGAGUUUUUUAAAAAAAAUUAUACUUACUCUCAAAAAGUUUUUUACCCCGCCCGAAUUUUUUUUCCGGUUUUUGUUGAAAAAGUGAAUUUUAUCAACUUUUCUUUAAAUAAAUAUGUUUUUAUACACUCCCUGACAGCUCCUACCACUCGAAAAUUUUUUACCACGCCCAAAAUUUUUUUUUAAUUUUAAAGUAACUUUUUCAAUUUCAGGAAGAAUUCUUUGAAGAACUGUUUGCCGACGACGAUGAAGAAUGCGAAGAAGACUUUAGCACUUCCCUGCCAGGCACUGAAGGCUCAACAUUGGAACGAUUGGCUUCAAUCGCUCCGUUAUCUGUCAAUUCAGACUUGGUCGACCGAUUCAGACGACCAGAAAACGCGGAAGCCGCAGGACCAUCAACUACAACUCCACAAACUUCAGCCACCACCACAAGCGCCAGUGCACCAUUAAGAAUCAACUGGAGAAACUUGCUCAGGGGCUCGUCUUCAACCGACUCUAGCUCUUCAAAUCCAUCAAGUUCAAGCUCCAAGUUCACGGCUAUACCUUUGAGAUCAGAGCUGGUACGACUGUUGGCCGAAUCGACUUCAGAAAACAGCCUUCAGCACGAUGUGGUACUGUCAAUGCUUGAUGCGGCUGGCUUAAGAGCAUUGGGUACGAAUCAACACAGAAGUAACACUGGAGGCAGGAAUUCAAGAAAACCGACUCGGAACUGGGAUGAUGAAUAUGUGUUGAGAAGACAAUUCCAUGCUUUGAUUCCGGCCUUUGAUCCAAGACCAGGAAGAAAUAAUGUCAAUCAAACGUCGGAUAUGGAGCUACCGCCAAAGGAUGUGAAGCUACAGAGAAACAAGGAUGUGGCUAGGUGAGGAGUUUUUUUAGUUUUUGCGGAUUUUAUAAAAAUCCUUGAGGGGAAAUUUUUGUUUUUUUUGGGCGGAGUAUUUUUUUGCAGGGGGGGGGGGGAAGGCUAAAACCUUUUAUUAAUAUUUUUCAAACAUACUUUGGCAGUAGGGCUGUUUUUGACAAAAAAAAUUUUUUUUGCGCGUGGUAAUUUUUUGGAGGGGGGGGGGCGGGUAAAAGUUUUUUUGAAUUACUAAUCAAAAGUUGAAGUUUUGAAAUUUAAAAGUCUAAGUUAUUAUAUUUCCAGAAAACCAUCCCAAGCCGAACCAAAAGACACCGAACCCCUUGAAAUCUACCUUCGUGGACCAAACAUUAACGGCGUAGAAAACGCGACGAUUCGUCUGGACGAUUCAGAAGAAUCCAUGUUCUCAGCCGUCCAACGACUGGUCAACCUGACCAACUACGUCUCGAAAAACGACCGACCAAGAAAGAUCUGGGAACCCAGCUACACUUUGCUGUAUCAAAACGCCACAUCCGACCCGGAAUGUCAUGUCGAAGUGACAAAACAAAACGAUGUUGAUGAUCUGAACAGCGAAAAGAAUGUCAUCGUAAAACAAUGUCUGGACACGCUACAAGCCUUCCAUGAGCUAUCUGAGGAUCAUGCUUCAACUGACAGUUUUGUCAGCUAUAAGUUGACCCAAAAGCUAACUCAAGAGCUGACGGAUCCAUUAAUUGUGUCGGCCAAAGCAUUACCUACUUGGUGUGAGAUGCUGGUCUACAAGUAUUCUUGCUUGUUUACUAUGGAAACUAGGUAUGUUUGAGGAGAAAAUGGGCUUGGGGAAGGUGUAUGGAUGCGUGGGUUUAAAUUUUUUGGGAUGUUUCGAGUUUUGAUUUAUCGACCGGUCGAUAAUAAAUUUUUUUUUACAAUUUUUGUUUUCAAACCUAUUUUUACAUAGCUAUAUUUUAACAAAUACAUAAUUGAAAAUUUUGAGUUUUUAAAUUAUCGACAAAUUUUUUUUUACAAAUUUUGCUUUUAAACUUAUUUUUUAUAUAGCAAUUUUUUAAAAUAAUUGGAAAUUUUGAAUUUUGAUUUAUCGACCAGUCGAUAAUUAAAAAAAUUUUUUUUUUGUUUUUAUUUUUAAUUGGAACUUUAAUGAAACUUACUUUUUCAGAAGCAUGUUCAUGAACGCCACAGCUUUUGGCACAUCCAGAGCGAUUGUCUGGCUUCAAAACCGUCGUGACAAUCUGCUGGAGGAAGCCCGAACAUCAGCCUCAGCGUCAGGAUCGAACCAAGCUGGUGUCCGACGCGAAGAUCACUACCCAGAAUACCGUGUCGGCCGAAUAAAACACGAACGAAUCAAGGUACAUCGGGAUGGAGACGAACUCUUUGACAACGCCACUAGAGUCAUGAAGUUCCACGCGGCGAGAAAGGCGAUUCUGGAGAUUGAAUACCUGGGUGAGGAGGGCACAGGCCUUGGCCCAACUCUCGAGUUUUACGCUUUGGUCGCGGCCGAAUUCCAACGUAAAUCGUUGGCCAUGUGGCUGUGCGAUGAUUCCGACGAAAAUCAAAUGGAACUAGAGAAAGGAUCCUUGGAUUUGGGUGAAGGCAAAAAGCCUCCAGGAUUCUAUGUACGACGUGCUGGAGGACUGUUCCCAGCAUCAGCACCACAACACAGCGCCGAAGCCGAGAGAAUCGCUGAUUUAUUCCGAAUCUUGGGCGUCUUCUUGGCCAAAGUACUGCAAGAUGGACGACUGGUCGAUUUACCUUUGUCUCUACCGUUUUUGAAGCUACUGAUUUCGGAUUCGGUGAGUUUUUGAAAAAGUUUUGAAAAUUGAAAUGAGAGACGACCUUUUGGUUAAUACUUGGUGGCAUGGGAUUGUUUUUGUGGUUAAUGAUACUUUUUUUGAUUUUUUUUGGGAUAGGAAGAUAGUUUUUGGGACCAAUGGUACCUUUGGGCUUCACAGCAUAAUUUGGGUAUGAAUGGUACUGUUUUGGGGGUGAAUGGUACUUAUUUUGAUUUCUGGGGUACGAGGAUGGGUUUUGGGACUAUUGAUACCUUUGCGAUUGAUGGGACUGUUUUUGGUAUUAAUGGUGCUAUUUUUGUGGUUACUAUUACCUUUUUUGAAUUUUUUGAUUGGAUAAUGUUUUUUGGUACUACUGAUACAUUUGUGUCUGAUGGGACUGUUUUUUGGGGUUAAUGGUACUGUUUUUUAUUUUUUGGAAUAUGAGGAUGGUUUUUGGGACUAAUGGUACUUUUUGGCUUGACCUCUUUGUUUUGUGGUGUUAGUGAUACUUUUUUGAUUUCUUGGGAUAUGAAGCUGGUUUUUGGGACCAAUGUUACUUUUUGGCUUGAUGGGUUUGUUUUUGGCAUUAAUGGUAUUAUUUUUUGGGUUAAUGAUUAUUUUAUCAUAUUUUAAUUGUAUUUUUUUUAGGUUGCCGGCAAAACCGACUCAGACUUUGAAUUCAUCUCCCUAGACGGCCUACUGAACUUGGACGAUCUUGAACAAAUCCACCCCCACAAAGCCCGCUUCCUCCGCGCUGUUCAACGACUGUGCCAGGAAAAGGCUCAAAUCAGAAUGGACAAAUUCUUAUCACCCGAAGACAAGGCCAAACAAAUCAACAAUUUGAGACUGAAGUUUAAUGGAAUCGAAUGUUCGGUGGAAGAUCUGAACCUGACAUUCGUCUUGAAUCCACCAUCAGCAGUCUUUAAGUACUCUGAACAUGAAUUGAUUCCAAAUGGCGCUUCGACCGAUGUCACGGUCGAUAAUAUCGAGUUGUAUCUGGGCAAAUGCGUCGACUUUUAUUUGAAUUCGGGUAUUAGAAAACAGGUACGUGGGAAUCAUUUUGUUGUUUUGGUUUCUGGGUAUAGGAAGGUCACAGAAUAGGGGUUUUUGAGUGGUCAAAAAGUUUGUGGAAGUGAUUUUUUGUGAAAAGUUUGAUCAAAAAGGUUGUAGAAUAGGGGCUUUUUGGGUCAAAAAGUUUUUAGAAUUCAUGUUUAUGAUUGGUCCAAAAGUUCGUAGAAGUGACUUUUUUGAAAAAUUUGGUCAAAAAGUUUGCUGAACUGGAAUUUUCGGGUCAAAAAAUUGUAGAAUUGAGACUUUUGGGUCAAAAAGUUUGUAGAAUUAGGGUUUUUUGGUCGGAAAGUCUAGAGAAUUGUUUUUUUUUCGAAAUUUAAUUAAAAAAUUUGGAAAUUUGGCUACAAAUAAGUGAAAAUUUGAUUUUUUAGGUAACGGCAUUCCGCGAAGGAUUCGAUUUUGUGUUUCCACUACGGUCUCUGAAGCCAUUCUCAGCUAUUGAAGUACAAGUAAGUUGAUUUUUUUUUUUAUGUAUUUUUACCCAUUUUUUAAUUUUUUGUUGACUAUUUUUUCUCUUUUUUGUUCUACCUUAUCUUCUAUUAAUUUUUUAUAUUUCAAAUGGGUCGAUCUGCCUAAUUUGUUAAAUUUUUUAUUGGUUAUAGCAUCAGCUAUCAGACACUUUCAUAUAACAUAUUUUAGAAACUCCUCUCCGGCGAACAAUGCCCAGAAUGGACCCGCGACGACCUCAUCAACUACACCGAACCCAAACUGGGCUACACCAAAGAAUCCGUCGGCUUCCUACGUUUCGUCGACGUCGUAGCCGAAAUGACGGCCGACGAACGAAAAGCUUUCCUUCAGUUCACCACCGGCUGUUCCAGUCUCCCACCCGGCGGCCUAGCCAACCUACACCCACGCCUCACCAUCGUGCGAAAGGUGGACGGCGGCGGAGACGGAUCCUACCCAUCGGUCAACACCUGUGUCCACUACUUGAAACUGCCCGAAUACAGUAGUACCGAGGUGCUGAGGGAACGAUUGUUGGCGGCCACAAGCGAGAAAGGAUUCCAUUUGAACUAG